AUGCCUCGUUCCCACUUGAAAUGUGGUUAUAAGAUAUUUUGCAUUUGGCUAUUAACGAUACAUUUGAAUAUGAAUAACUUAAGCCACAAUUCAGCUGAUUUAUCUCCUAUUAUUCUCGAAGGAAAUGAUAAUAGUGAAGAUAGUAGAAAUACAAGUUUGACUACAGUUGAUGAGAGUUGUGGAGAAAUUAAUGGCAGUUCUAGUCGACGAAAAGAAGUUAGUCCCUGUUAUGUAUGUGGGGCAAGAGCUCAUGGAUACAAUUUUGAUGCAAUUACUUGUGAAUCGUGCAAAGCAUUUUUUCGACGAAACGCAUUAAAACCAAUGGAAAAAUUUCGGUGUCGAGGAGGUGAUAGUUGUAUUAUAUCAUUAACUACACGUAAAAGAUGUAAAAAGUGUCGUUUAACAAAAUGUUUUAAAGUUGGAAUGAGAAAGGAAUGGAUAUUGACAGAAGAAGAAAAACAACAAAAACGAAUAAAAAUUGAACAAAAUCGACAUAUGAAACAAGUAGCAAUACAUCAGCAAAAACAACAAAUAAUUCAAUCACAACAAUUACCAGCACGAAUUUAUAAACAAACAGCCAUGUAUGAUACCCAAAUAUCAUUUCUUGAACGAAUAAGUCGUGGUUAUCAUUAUGUUGUUGAACAAUAUCCACAACCGAUAAAAUUUCGUUAUCGAAAUGAUGAUAUAGCAAUGACUGAGAAUAUGGAUUAUAAAUUAUUAUUAAUUAAAGAUUUAACACGUGAUUUAACACAAAUGACAACAUCGCGUUUAUUACAUUUUUUUUCAUUAAUUCCAGAAUUUCAAGUAUUAACACCUCAAGAGAAGACGCAUGUAUUGAAAGGCAAUUUACUACCUGUUUUUAUGUUACAUGGUAGUCUAACAUAUAAUGCCGACGAUGAUAUAUUUGUAGAUAAAUCUACGAAAGAUGAACCGUAUGAUGCCAGAUAUUUAGAAUAUGUAUACGGUUCAAAUUUAUAUAAUCAAUUUGUCUUUUUAUCAAAAACAUUAACAUCAUUCAUUUAUUUUCACUCAUCUUCCUCAUCUCAUGAACCGUUAACAUCAGCUGAUCAACAGAGUCAUACACUUUUAUUAUUAUUAAUGAUUAUAUUAUUAUUUUCGGAUGGUUUUGAAUCACAUGAUCAUCAUCAACAACGUAAUCAGAAACAAUUGAUGACAACUCGAUCAUUAACAAAUUCAUAUGUAACUGAAAAAUUAGUUAAAAUUCAACAAUAUUACAUCGAUAUAAUAUGCCGAUAUUUAAAAGAUGAAUUUGGACUUAAAGAACCAGAAAAAAUAUUUUCAUGUUUAUUACAAUAUUUUUUUAGUUUACAAAAAUUAUGUUCCACAUUAGCCAAUGUUAAUUUAUGCGAAAAUCCUGAAGAAUCACAAGGUUUUAGUUCAAGUAUGAUAUGUUCUGGUAAUGAAGAAAAUCAAGCACCAUAUGACGAAUGUUCACCAUCAACACCACAAACAACAGUAUUUCAUAAUUAUCAAUUGGGAACAAACAAUUAUACGCAUUCGCCAUAA